AUGCGGGGAAGGACUCUUCCAUUGCUGAAUAAUACCAUAAGGCAAAGCUCAUCGUAUGUGCAAGUGAACAUCUACGACAUAAGCAUCAAAGGCCUUCGCAAAAAAGGGAUUGACAUUGAACAGUUUUUGCAACACGCGGGAUGUCGGUCUGUAGUCAUGGAUGUUCCUUUCUUGGUUGGCAAUUCAUGGAAAUGCACUAAAUUAACAACUGAACGGCGGACAAAGUCGCUCGAUUGUUGUGUCUCACAAUCUAGUCCAACCUUUAAGACCACUGGUGCCAAGAAAAAUCUUGCUAGCAUAGACGCACCAUGCAGUAGUAGCGAUAUCCACGCGUUCGAGCAAGUUGCAGCUAUAGAAGGUUUCUCCCAGGAUCAUGGUUCACAGGUGUCUAGUGCAGUAGACAUCCUCAAAUCUGAAGAUUGUUCAUUGCUGCCUGAAUGUGAUUCACUAGACAUCGAAGCUAUCUGUUCAGAAGAGCAAUUUUCCGAAUAUUUUCGACAUGUUGAGUGCACGGACAUCAAGGAGGGUUGUACCGCAAAUAAGCCGGAAGUUUUUUACGACUGCCCCGAAGAAUUCGAUGAAGAUGAUUUCAUCGCACGUGAUCUAGACUUUUCGAGAAUGCCUAUAUCACAAUCCGAAUCUUCAAAUGAACCUGUUGGGAGCACAUCAUCACUAAGCAGAGCAGGAAUAACCUCUUCGUACCCAUCAGUAGGUUGUUCAAAAACAUCUGACGAGCCUCUGAAUCCAGAGCAUAUCAUUCCAAUGUCAGAAGUUAGAAAUGAAUCGGAAUCUUUGAAACAGGUCAAAAGAUUUGACACCUCUGUUCAGACAUCUGCAGAUAUGUAUACUACAGUGUCAGCUACAAAUGGGAUUCGAGAAAUCUCGAACGCGAACUACAGUGAUUAUGUAGAAUUUGAUACAAAUGAUACAAAUGCAGAGACUGUUGAGAAACAGCCUACUCAUUCGCAGAAGUUCAACAGUGCAUCACUUAGGCCUUUAUCCACUGUACUUGCACAAAGCUUGCAGUGUGUCAUGCAUGAGUAUUCAACAACUUCUGAUAACUCGAUGCAAAGAGAUUCCUGUGAGAUUUCUAAAAGCGUCAAUGCACAAUUUUCUGAAACUGAAGAGUCGGAUAAUGAUACUGCGAUAGAAUCAAACUUGUGUGAAGAUGUCUUUGUCAAUUCGUCAUUUGCUCACCGAAGUGGUAGGUGCGGAACAGAUAUGAAAGAACUAAAGCCAUUCCCUCACAACGCUCACAUUCGAACCAGUUCUGGUGCAGAUAACAAUUCUAAUGCAGAAAGAUCUCCGACGCAUUCAAGAAGGAAACGUGCUCGUAAAUCAUCCGCUUAUUCUCAAGAGUCAAUAGAUGAUGAGUGUAACAAAGUGCAGAAGACCGUUAGUAAAAUGGACGAAAACAGGAAUCAGAAAUCAACCGUCAGCCAACUGUUCCACUGCCAAAUGCCGAACUGCGGGAGAACUUUGUGCUAUCGGAAGCAUUACGGAAAGCAACGCCUGGUGAAUCAUGUUCGCACUCACUGGAAAAAACGUAUGAAAUUAUGUCGAUUGUGUGGUUUUAAAGAUAUUACCGUAAAUAAGAUUUAUCAUCACCACCUGAAAAUGCAUAAAAAUCAGAAAUAUCCAGGAGCGACUUCAACCGAAUCAAAAGAAGACUUGAACGAACUUCUCCAGCUUUGGAACCAAUGCUUUCCUGAGCUCCCGCCUAUCGGCAUCGUAAAAGGAGUCUCCAGUACCCGAUCUACUCUAAAUGUUGAGUUUUAUUAA